AUGAUGAAACGAAUUCUCUUCUCUCUCUCCCUUACACUACUAUUCCACCUCCAUUUCAGCACAACCCUAGCUCUGUCCCCGGCACCCACGGCAGCCCCACUAGGUGCUACUACUUCCCCCAACAUCAUCAAAAUCCUCGAAAAGGAUGGCCACUUUACGCUCUUUGUCCGGCUUCUGAAAAGUACUCAUGUAGGCGACCAGAUCAAUGACCAGCUCAAGAACUCAAACAAUGGCCUAACUGUGUUUGCGCCGGUGGACACCGCAUUUUCGAGUCUCACAUCCGGCACUAUCAACUCUCUCAAUGAUCGACAGCAGGUCGAGCUCAUCCAGUAUCAUUUUGUACUUUCCUAUAUCUCCGCAACACUCUUCCAAACUAUGAGCAAUCCAUUGCGGACACAAGCCGGAGACACUGGUCCAGGUCAGUUCCCCCUUAACGUGACCAUCUCCGGCAACCUAGUGAAGUUGUCGACGGGAAUUAUCAACACUACAGUAUCUGGCACAAUCUACACGGACAACCAGCUUGCUGUGUAUCAGGUGGAUAGUGUGCUUCUUCCUUCCAAAAUUUUUGGUUCUCAGGCGCUGAAGACGACACCCGCCACCACUGUCGACACUCCAACCUCCUCCUCCUCCGAUUCGGACGACAGUGCAAAGCCUGUUGCCUCUGGUGCAGUUAGUCUCACCAUGCAUGGAAUGGUGGUGACUAUUGGAGUUGCUGUUGUUGAAUCAUUUCUUUUGUGA